AAUUAUAGUAAGGGUUGCGCUGAUAGUAGUAGUAGUAGUAAAAGAUAUGUAUCAUUAAAUCCGAUUCUGGGUGUCAACACCAUCAGCAAUGGCACUCAAACAGAUGGAAACGACAAGARGGAUGAGAUCAGUAAUGAUGAUAAUAAUAAUAAUAAGUCAAUAAUCUUGAGAUUAAACACAAAAGACAUUAGGACUACAAUAGCAACUUCUCCUCCUUUAUCGCCAAAUUCAUCGACAAUUGAUAGUCCCAUUGACUUUGAUUGGCAUCCAUUGAAACGUCUAAAAGAUCGUCGGAUUAGUUCACUGGUUGAAGAGCUKCUCAAUGAUAUCUACUGUAAUCGUGAUGUGAAUUAUAAAAGAAAUCUAAGCAUCAGCUCUGAUACUAGUAAUUAUUCACCGCCUGAUUACCAAAUAAAACCYAAAUAUAAAGAUAUCUAUUUGAAAGUUAAAGGAGUGACCGAAUUGAAGCAGAUGUGCGACAAUCUUAACGAAAAUGUCAUUCGCAUGAAUACACUGUUAUUACAUCAUCUGAGAAGACGGGACCGACUGUCCACACAAAUGGGUCAGUACUACGAUAUCAUUACUGCAGCUCUUCAGGCAAUAUCACCUAAAAGAAGUGUGGACACGAAAAUGCGGUUUAGUAUUGAGCCCUAUCCGGGUGACAGUGGUUUCAAUCAAUGGCACGAUGCCAUGCGUAUGGUUGCCCGACUUCCCGGUGGUAUACCCACGGAAUUUCGCAAAAAGUUGUGGAUCACAUUAGCGGCCCGUCAUAUACAGACCCGACAAAUCAAUUGGUCGAUUACUUCGAGAUUUUGUUUCAACGAAAAAGAAAAUCCGGACGACGAGACACUUGGCGUACAAAUUGUUAAGGAUUUGCAUCGYACGGGUUGUAGUCUAUUUAGUGGUGAAGAAGCCCAGAACCAGGCGCUCCUCAAACAAGUAUUACUGGCUUAUGCCCGUUGGAAUAAAUCUGUUGGUUAUUGUCAGGGCUUUAAUAUGUUGGCCGCUAUUAUAUUGAAGGUAAUGGAGGGCGACGUCGACGACUCACUUAAGGUGAUGAUAUACUUGAUUGAAGGAGUUUUGCCCGAAAGCUAUUUUGCAAACAAUUUGCGCGGCCUAUCGGUCGAUAUGGCCGUCUUUCGGGAUCUAUUGCGUCUGAGACUGUCGACACUGGCCAAACAUUUGGAUAAAUUACAGUACGUGGGUCAGGACCAGUCUACCGGUGCCAGCUAUGAACCGCCUCUCAUCAACGUGUUUACAAUGCAAUGGUUUCUAACACUAUUUACCAAUUGUUUGCCACAAUCGUCUGUCUUGAGGAUAUGGGAUCUAAUAUUUCUUGAAGGAAACGAAGUAUUACUUAGAGCAGCACUGGCUAUAUGGGACUGUUUGGCUGACCGCAUAUUGACUGUGAGCAGUGCCGAUGAAUUUUACAGCAUAAUGGGUGUACUGACCAGAGAGAUGAUGGAGUUUGGUGUUACCGAUACCAAUGAAUUAGUUAAGACCAUAUGUAUAAUGGCUCCCUUUCCUUUCCCGCAAUUAUGCGAAUUACGCGAGAAAUAUAUGUAUAACAUACAGCCGUUGACCUCAUCGGUGGCGCUCUCGAAGAUCAAAAAAGGUCUCCAUCUAUUCAAUAGUGACGAUGAAGACGAUGGAGACCUGGAUGACGAUCAGAUGAUGUUAGCCAACUGGUGUAUUAACAACGCUUUUUCUGCUAAUAAAAUUAAGGAUCAGUCGAGCCGUACGCCAUCACCGCAUUCAGAGAAGACCUCUUUGAACACAACACUGACAGCCAAUAGUGUGACGACAAGUGCCCAAAACGUGGCCAACAAUUUCCUGUCGUCGACUAACAUCGAUACACAAAGAAUGACAUUAGAUAUAUCACUGUUGAAGAAACAAUACGCCAAACUCAAGGAAAGACAACGACAGGCACAGGUCAUCAUUACCGAGGGCUUCCAGAAGGCAAACACCAACUCUUUCAUUAAGAAAGAGCCGCUGACUAUGAAUCACCUGUUGUUGGGUAAGACAGCGUUGAUAGCGCGUCGUCCGAAACGGCCGUCACCGGUACUGCAGACGGCCACCCGAGCCAACCACGAGUCGCCAAAUCGUCAACGAUUGCGCAACCGAUCUAAUACUGUGGCCGAUUUGAUGGCCGGUAACAGAUUAACUGUAAAUUCGCACAAAAAUAGCACAAAUGAACAGAAAAAUAACGACAAAAAUGAUAACCAGGAGAGAAGUGUCGGCGAAACACUUUCGUGGACACAGAUCAAGCUCGACAAGAAGCGACUCAGAUUUCAAAGGAAAUUGUCGGAACCAACUCUCAGCUCAUUUGAUGAGAUCCAAUGCGAAGACAGUGUGGAGUCAUCGCAACAGAACAGUGUCGAUGAUAUCUAUAUUGAUGUCAAAAUUGUGAAAAAUGAAUCCCUGAGCAAUAGUUCCAGCAGUAGUUCCACUGAACUCUGUGACGAUCAGUUCAACGACAACUCUAGUGAUUUUGCGUCUUCGCCUGAAGUCCACCGAAAGUGCAAACAUAUAGCGACGGCUAAUCAGAAACAAUUUACUUACGACAACAUAGACAACGAUAACAACGAUAAUAACUUAUCAGAAACAAACAUAGCUGUCGAUGAAGUGUCCAAAUGUGACACAAAAUCUAUUGACUCAACUAUAACAACCACAGCGACAACAAUAUCACCAUUGAUUGCUACCGACACAUGCCUUAUAGAAAACAAUAACCGCGAAUGUGAUAGUAGUUUAGGUGACAACCAAUCGGCGCCUAUACCGAAACUAUCAGUGACCACAGUCACUGUCAGCAUUGAUAACAACAGCACUAUUGAUAAUAGUAAUGCUAAGGCCAUGGAUAGAGACAAUGGUAACGAUGACUAUCACGAGAUAAUUAAGAGCCAGUUGUCUGAACUUAGUGUUGAACAAUGUAUCCAAAAGCUAAACGAAAAGUUAGUUUCAUUGAAUGAUGAAAAUAUCAAAUAUUGA